AUUCAUUAUAGUGAUGAUGAUUAAUCGGGGCAGCAAUGGUGGAUGAUGUUGUGCAUUUAGUAGAGAAAUUAUGUUUAUGUUGUAAUUAAUGUUUAAUUCUUAGUAAGUUUUCUUUCACGCUUAUAAUUCACAAGAUGGGAGCAUUUUUGGAUAAACCUAAGACAGAAAAGCAUAGUGAGCAUGGCUGUGGUAAUGGACUUUCAUAUGGUCUCAGCAGCAUGCAGGGAUGGCGUAUUGAAAUGGAAGAUGCCCACUGUGCAUUAGUUGGUCUUCCUCAGGGCUUGAAAGACUGGAGUUUCUUUGCAGUAUUUGAUGGUCAUGCGGGAGCUCGGGUCAGUGCACAUUGUGCUGAAAAUUUACUGGACACUAUCAUACAAUCUGAAGAUUUUCGCAACAACACUAAUGCCAAUUGCAACAGCCAAGUUACAAUUGAAGACGUAGAGAGAGUAAAAAGAGGCAUCAGGGACGGUUUUCUUCAGCUAGAUGAAAGAAUGAGGAAAAUUCCUGAGAUUGCAUCUGGAGAAGAUAAAAGUGGCUCAACUGCAGUUUGCACACUCAUCUCCUCUACACAUUUCUAUUUUGCCAAUUGUGGAGACUCUCGUGCUGUUCUCUCACGUAAUAAACGAGCCUUUUUUAUUACAGAGGAUCAUAAGCCAAUCAAUCCGGCCGAGAAGGAACGUAUACAGAAAGCUGGUGGAAGUGUUAUGAUACAGAGGGUCAAUGGCUCUCUUGCAGUAUCUAGAGCUUUAGGUGACUAUGAGUACAAACAAGUAGAAGGGAAAGGACCAUGUGAACAACUGGUGUCACCAGAACCAGAAGUUGAUGUUUUAGAGCGGGACAAUGAGCUCGAUGAAUUUCUGGUUUUAGCAUGUGAUGGUGUGUGGGAUGUUAUGACUAAUGAUGAAAUUUGUGAUCACAUUAGGUAUAUGAUGCAAGUUACUGCUGAUUUGGAAUAUAUCUGCAACUGUGUCAUAGAUGCAUGUCUUUGUAAGGGAAGUAAAGAUAAUAUGAGCAUUGUACUUGUUGCUCUCCCAGGAGCUCCAAAAUUAUCUGAAGAGAUUAUUCAACGAGAUAAAGACAUUAACAAAAUUUUAGAAAAGCGAACGAGAGAGAUAAUCUCUAGUUCUGGAGAUGUAGAAAUGGGUGAAAUAAUUCGAAUUUUAGCAGAUGAUGAAAAUAUCCGUAAUACUCUUGCGUUUUUACCUAUAGGAGCUCUAUUUUUUAAGCAUUCAUUUUUGGAAGAUGUAUGUAAUAAAAUACGAAGCAAUUCAUCAGUAAAGGGUGAAACUAUUUAAGAUUGAUGUGCUUUGCAUUGCCUGUAAACAGAAUUUGUAAGGAAGAAGAUCAAACAUCUGUGCGAGGUAUAGCAGCUGUAUCACAAAAUUAGAACUCAAUAUAACUGCAUGGUGUGAAAGGCAAUAUUUCAUUUUGUAGCCCGUGGAAUGAACAACUAAUUGCUACCUGAUGUAAUUGCAGUAAUAAGUUUUCUAAUACCUAAUACAUUAUGCAAUUAUUUAAAUUUUUGAUGCAGUCAGUAAAAGUUUUCUCCUUUAUUAAAUGUGAAGUAUAUAUUUGUUUUUGGAAGUUGCAUCUCUUUGUCCAUGAAAUGGAAAAUUGUUCUCAUUCUUUUUAUUUUUUACAACAAUAAAUAAUUUUGAAAAAAAAAAAAAUGUGAUAGUCAAAAUAAUGUGAAAUGUUUUUAUGAUAGAUAUUGCAAAUAAAAUUUUUAAAUUGGUUAUUUAUACUAAAAAUAUUGUCUACUUAAUUUGUAUUAGAAUUUUUGUAUCAGGUAUUAGAUGGAAGAUUGAGAAUUAUUAAAGGAUUUUUAUACUUGUGAAUUCAAACAAAGCAUUUUUUUGUCAGUGAAAUUGACAACAUUAUUGUACACAUAAACAAUUCAUGUGUGCUGCACUUAAAAAAAAAUUCACAAAUAUCUCUUUUGUGAUAAUAAAUAAAACAAGUCUUUUAAUUGCUUUGUAUUCAUCUUUUUUAAAACAUGAAAUGAUUUUAAGUUAUGAGAAUUUGAAUUUUAUUGCAAGGUUUAAAAUUUUAUUCUUUUAUUUAGUGAAAUAAAUUUUACUGUUUAUUACUAUUGAGCAGUCUGACAUCAUGCAUUUUUAUAUAGUUUGCUGUGAAAAUAAAUGUGUUCAUGGAGCAUUAGUUAUAAAAGAAAUCUGUGCCACAAAGCUCCUUAUAUUUUAUGUUUCUGUUGGAACUUUGUUUUCUCUUUUUGCUCUAUUUACUGUAUUCUGUUUUCUUUUUGUGCACUUUAAAAUGUUCAGUGUUUUAUUCGAAAUUCAAAAGCCGGUUAUUCGAAGAAAAUAUUUACGUUUCUGUGACAAAUGAUUUUCUUCUAUAUAUUUUGGUUUAUUACCCUUUAAUCAUUCUGCACUCCCCCCCCAAGGCUUUUUAUGAGCCUCAUAGAAGUCUAGCUGAAUAAAUGUACUUUAAAAGAUUUGAUUUGUAAUCUCUCUGGAUAUGUGUGAACUUGUAUAGAAAUUUACUUAUCAUAUUUUUCUCUGAUCGUUGGUUUUGAAAUUUUGCAUUACAGUCAUGUGAAUCAAGGCUAUAAAAUCUGAAUGACAAUGACGUAGAAGAAAAGUAAAUAUUUUCGUGUUGUAAUAUUUUUAGAAAAAUGUAUAUGCUUGAUUAUGAAGCAAAAAAUAAAAACCUUGUGACAAUUCUA